GAGGUACUGCGCAGUUAUACUUUUGGGUGGCGUUCAGUUUAACCGUGGAUCUCGUUGGUCUUGUUGAUUGAAUGUAAUAGUCCAGGUGCUUAAUAAUUCGCGUGUGACAAGAUAGUCUACUUUACGUAAAGAUAACAGAAAAAUUGUGGAAAUCCUGCUUACCCGCUAGACGAAGCGAUUCUCGGUGACAUGAAUCGUACUACCGGUGUCAUAGAAUUCGUGUCACUGUUGUUCUCGCCAGAUUCAAAUGUCUCGUUUUGUUAACGAAUAUUCCACCGUUCUCUAUGAAUAUCCUCGAAUGCAGAAAUGCAAAGUUUCUAUAGAGAUGUUUUAUUCUCCCAUCUCUUCCGGCGUGAGGCCCAUCCACCACCUUCGUAAUCUCCUUGCGUGAGUCCUUCUUGCUGUGAGUCCAACGCAACUCCCUCUAUUACUUUUCCAUGCAUGGACAGUUUUCGCGUUCGAGACGAACAAUUAUAUACCUACUGUUAGUGCGUCCAAUUCUACUAAAUCGCUCUAGAACCAACCUAAGCUGUCCACACCGGUGACCUUUAGGCUAUAGUCCAAUGACACCUGGAGUUGCAGGCAGUCCCUAUGCCCUACUAAUGGCAUACUACAAACAUUGAGGUUAAAAUUCGGGAUAUUCAUCAGGAUCUUUUGCUCGCUGGACAACAGGGUGUUCGAGAAAUAUCCGUUGGCUGUCUUCUUGCCAGUUGAAGAUAGAGUCAUGAACCUGGUCUGCGGGGAGCUCGAACCAGUGGUACCCUCGCGAGGUGACAGGGUCAAGAUUAUAAUCGAUGAAGACGGAGAAACUGUAGACACGCUACUUUCCAUAGACAACGAAGAGAGUGUAGUGAAACUGAACAAGGACAAGGUGAAAAUGUUGCACCUGCGAUUUUUAUGUAAAAUGGAGCCCGCGAACACGUGAUUGUUCAUUCCACGACAGAUCGCUAACCAGCGUAGACAAUUUCAUAGAAUAACAAGAACUAUUAUUUAAGUUGACCAUAAAAUUUUGCGGCGUACCGCGCUUUGCGUUUACGUAGCGCAUUCUAGAAAUGUAAAAUAAAUACGUAUUAUUACUGUAAAAAAAACUAAAGCGAACCCCUUUUUGCAACGACUAUAAAGGCACAAAUGUAAUUUUAAGGGUUCGAUAAAAAUAAUUAUGUUUAUAAAUUGUUCUGUAGAAAGUAUAACGGCUGUGCAACGACGGUACAGAGUAGUUUAACGACGACCGAUGCUGAAAAGAAUAAGAAAAGAAACGCAAUUUUUCCCGCGAAGAUCUGCAAAUAUCACACGGUCCGAAUUAUCGUCGCAUCGAGCUGAAAUCAGUCGCGUAACAAACGCGAGAACGUGCCGACGAGAUAAUGAUUGGGAGAUGUUUAAAUGAGAAGCGCAAUUUUUCCGGAACACGGCAAGGAAAAAUCGCGUUACUCCGGAUAUCAUCAAUUGGAGUAUGAGAUUAUGCUUCCCGCGGCUGCUUCUGUGGUUUGCGGCGACAACUUUCAUUGAGGUCGACAGGUACGCGAGCACGAUCGCGAGAUCCGAAGCUCCCACGUUUGGUUAAACAUUUUUAUUACGAAAUAUUUCCACGAACGUUGCAUUAAAUGCUUGCGUAACUGCAUUGUGAUAGGGUAAUGGGUGAUAACGAUUUAAAGCGCGAACAAAAUGUCGGCACGUCACUGUUCGAGAAAACCGACGCUGGUAAGCAGUGCUGGACUACGGAGGAUUUCAUUUUGUUAAAUAGUAGACGAAUGUUCCAAGAUUUACUGCCAAAGGUAAUUCGAUCUGCCAUUAACAAAUAAAGUCCUCGAAUGAAUCGAUUCAUUUUGUUACACAAUUAUCGUCUUCUAAAUUGUAUGUCCGGUAUAUUGUAAACCGAAUUUUUAUUUUUUAAUUCUUCGACAAUAAUACUUCUCUGUACAUCGUUUUUCUAUUUUUAUAGUACUAAUAAACGAGAAAUAAAUUCGUUUCACUCUCUAUACUGCUUAUACUCUCAACUCUUGAGUGUACUUUAAAAAAUCCGCUUGAGAAUGCAACAUCUAUUAAAUAUGGAAAAGGCCUACAGGAAAUGUUUAUUCUUUUCCAGCAGAUUAUGCAUGGAACAGAGCUAAUCGAUCAGAUCAACGAUAGAGUUAUUUAAAAGUAUUUGACUACAUUAUUAUUACAUUCGUUUAGGUCGAUCUAUUUGCAUUAACAAUGUAUUUAGAUAAUCGAGGUUCCACUGUAGCUCUAACAUAAAUUGUCUAACACUUAAUAUUCAUUUUUAUCGAAUUAGUAAAUAAAAAUCAAUUUUCCUUUGGGCCCUUAUUACCCUGAUCCUGAAAUAAUUCGCAUCAGCGCGAGCUGACGGACGGUUCACUUAAGGGUUGAAAUGACAAUUCGAGCGUCGUUCUCGCCAUGAUAACAGAUUUUUCAAAAGCUCCAUGUGAUCGGCUCAGGUUCAAGUCCUGAAUUACGAGGACGAUCGGUACAUAGCCCUGCUGAUGGAUUACUUUCACAUCUGUUUGGAGAGCGUGCGCAAGCUGUCGAUCGGGAAAACGAAGCACCUGAUGCUGAAAGCCCUGGCAGAUACUAUGGGAGGCUACUUGCAAGUUUAUAUCCUGCCCCUUACCAGACACUCCUAUUACGCAGGGAACAUAAAAUAUCGGAACGCGAGGAAGCUCUUCGAAUUGUACGAGGAGCUGAAGCUUUUCCUGAGAAGCAACGGAGCCGGCUGGCUGAAGCCCUCCAUGGAAAAGACACGGACGAGGAUUCAACCGAUCGUGGUUACCGCGCCGAAAACGUCUGCCGCGUGCGAGGGCAUCAUAACAACGCCCCCAUCUGCAUCCAAUCACAACAAUCGGCAGAUUCAUCACUCGGCGUUCAAAAAGACGAAGAGGCACGCAUCCAAACAUAAAUCGUCCAAAAACAUGAAACGAAACGAAUCUACAAAGAGAGAAGAAUCGUUCGGUAUCCCUCUUCCCUUUUUGGACAACGACGCAGAACCGAACAGUAUCGCGUUACCGUUCAAGAAGAAUAGCCUGCAGUCAUUGUACACCGAAGAAUCGGCGUUCGUGCUGGUGAAGUACUACGUUGCGAGUGUGAAGUGCAUCGAGUCGAAAUCAAUCUCGAAAACAAAGCAGCUGAAAUCGUUCAACCAGGAGUUUUCCGAUUGGCUGCAGCAAUCCGUACGUUGUGAGUCGCUGUGAUCAAGAGUGGCAAUUUUCAUUGUAUUCUCACGAUCGAAAGGGGGCGGUACAGAUAUUAACAGAAUCGACGACCGGGGUCACGGAUUACAGUAAAUUCUCUCUUCGGUAAAUUCCCUCAGCUUCGUAAACGAAAAUCGACGAUUUAGGAGGGGGUGAUACGGAUUAUUCCACCCUUCCGGCUCGUUGUCAUAGUUAUUGACAAUCGGCGAUUAUAAAAACGAGCCGCGCGAGGCUCGAAUAAUUGCAUCUUUUAUACCAGAAUUGCUCGUUUUUGUUCACAGGCUGAGGGAGAUAGUAAAUAAAUGAAAUGUAAUAUAU